AGAAGCUUCUGCUUCAUCAUUAGAAAGAAGACACAGCGGCGGAAGAGUCGACGAGAAGAAGUUGUGUGUGUUAAUGGAAGGGAAGAGGGAAGAGCAGCAGCAAGUGCUGAGGAAAGGGCCAUGGAAGGCCGAGGAGGAUGAGGUCCUGAUCAACCACGUCAAGAAGUACGGCCCGCGCGACUGGAGCUCCAUUCGAUCCAAAGGCCUCCUGCAGCGCACCGGCAAGUCGUGCCGCCUCCGCUGGGUCAACAAGCUCCGGCCUAAUCUCAAAAAUGGCUGCAAAUUCUCAGCAGAGGAAGAGAGGGUGGUGAUAGAGUUGCAGGUGCAAUUCGGGAACAAAUGGGCGAGGAUCGCGACGCACUUGCCUGGACGGACCGACAACGACGUCAAGAACUUCUGGAGCAGCAGGCAAAAGAGACUGGCCAGGAUCCUACAAGCCUCAUCUUCCAAGCAGCACAAGCACAAAAGGGAAGUCCUGGUCGUUCCCCAUCACAAUGUCCCUACCAUGGAGGUUCCGAAAUUGAGCUUUUCAGCGGAGGAAGAGUCGACCUCGAGGGCUCGCUUGUGCGUGACGCCGCAUGUCACUGAUCCUCCACUGCCGCUGAGACUGAUUCCGCCACCGCCCGACCUGCCGAACCCUGGUACUCCCAAUGCUAGCGGCCAUUUGGCUCCACACGAGUUCGACUCCAAGGAAAGCCUCUACUCUGAUCCCCACAUGCAAAUCUCGUUCCCUCACAUACCGCUGCCGCAAUUAGGCAUUUCGUUCUGGCCCGAGAGCCAAGAGCUCAUGGCGAGGCUCGAUGACCCCAACUAUUUCAGUUUGCUGGGCCCUGGGGACGACGCUUCCGAGCUUGUGGUCGGAGAGGGAUUUCCUCCCGACAUGCCCCUUCUUGGUCCUUCCUUGUGUUAUAAAGGCCACGACGGCGUGAUAGAUGGGAAUAUGUGCGAGGAGAAGCCGGAUGUUUUCUACGAUGACUUGCCAUUGGAUGUACCUGACCAUUUCGAGCCACUCCCGAGCCCAUCGAAGUGGUGAUCAUACAAGUUAUACUGAGCUAAGAAGGAUCCGCCACGGAGACAAGAGUUUUUUCAAUUGUCUAAGCUUCCGCUAUUCGACAAGAUUCAGCGACAAAGCAAUUCUUGUCGCUGUUUAUACUUUGUAUUCAGAUCAGAUUCACGAAUGUUUAUGUAUGAGACACCUCUAGUUCAUGUGUUG